AUGCUGUUAUCAGUUAGAACCAUCAAUUUAGAACUCCGAGAGAGCCUGGUCGUUUGAACCGGUUCUAAUCUUCUUGUGCGUUCAGCGCGCGGGAUUUAUCGUUCGCUCUACAUUUGUCCGGGCGUGCUAUUCGAACUCUCGCUCGAGGCGAAGCUCUGUGAAGCGUUUUGGCCAAGUCAGCGAUUAGGGAGACCAGCUAAUUCUUUUGUCAGCGAUUUCCUCUGUUUGGUUCACUUCUGGUGUUGUGCCGAUCCGAGCGUCCGGUAGGAUGGCUGACUGGAGGUAUGACGCUGGCGACCGGUACGGCGAUAGAUACGCCGCCGAUCGCGGACGGGGUACUGGGACACCGCCUAACAAUGUCAAACGCCGAAGGGAUUACGAGUACGACGCGCCGCCUCCUGGUUCCGCGAUGUACGGCGGGAUCGGCGGUCCGCCAAGGGGGUCUGGGGCUCCGGUGGGCUACGGCGCUCCCGGCGGGUGGCGGGACGCCGACCCUGCAGGGCUAAGAAGAGGCGAUCUGAGCUCCAUGGCGCCACCUGGCCUGGCGCCACCUGGCACGCUCGGAUUGGGCGGCAUGCCGGACGACCACCUGGGCCCGCCUCCCCCCGGGUCGGGCAUGCGGGGCCUCGGCGGAAUGGACCUGGCGGGCCCGCCCAUGGCGCGCGGACUGGGGGGUCCGCCCAUGCCCAUGCCUGGCGGGGGAAUGGGCGGGCCAGGAGGGGGCCCGGGGGUUCCGCCGAUGGACAUGCAUCCGGGCGACCUUCCCAUCCCGCACGACGCGUCCCCGACGCUCUACAUUGACAACCUGCCGCCAGAUUGCUCCAGGCGAGAGGCCUGCCACAUCUUCCGGCCGUUCAUAGGGUUCAAGGAGGUGCGCCUGGUGCCCAAGGAAGUGCGCAGGGGCGGUGAGGCCGAGAAGCUGGUGCUCUGCUUUGUGGAUUUUGCCGAUGCGCGCUGCGCUGCCACUGCCCUGGAGGCCCUGCAAGGCUACCGCUUUGACGAGAACGAUUACACGUCGCCCAACCUGCGAAUCGAUUUCGCCCGCCAGGGCCCCAGGAGCCACCCGCGUGACGACUUUCGCCGAGACGACCGCGACUUUGGUCGCGGCGGCGGUGGGCCGCCUUUCCGCAGUGGCCGUCGCUGAUUUUUAGCUAAUUUGACCGUGGUGGGCCUCCGUUGAUUGUUGGCGUGCUUGGACGUGCGGCCAUGUAGCAGUUUUGGACGUGGAGAGACGGUAUGCGGGUGUCGGGUGUAGCUAUUCUCGGCGUGCGUAGUCGAUGCAGCGACCUUACGUUGCUCCUUUUGAGGGUAGCCGAUUUAGUGGAUCUCCCUUGCUGCUGGUUCGCUUGCAGCUCGCAUUCCCCCCCUCCCCCCCAAUCCUCCACCUUAUCGCUCGAGCUCACGUGUUAAAACACUUAGUGCAGCGAGUUUAAUGAACGCCUAUCGAUUUGAACUAGUAGGAAGAGCAGUCAGCGACAGUGUCUCGUGUCACCUGUUUUGUAUUUCGAGUCACUAAUCGUUCGCCGAAGCCCCUCGAUAAGCUCCUGCAAGGGCUGUGGUCGUCAGUUGCGAGCGUGCUCAGCUUCCUUUACUGCAGAACUCGGAACUAUUCUAACAUGCCUUGGCUUGUUGCGGCAGCACCUAGAGCCAUGGAUGUGUUGCGGUUGGCGCUAGCGCUUUGUGUCACCUCGUGAAACAUGUGCCCAGCUUAAGUAUGCCCGUUCCAUAACCGCACCGCUCGCCUUGUGAGUGUAAUCGGGCUCGGACGAUUCAAUUCGAUCCGAUUUGAGCGCUUCGGCAAAUCACGUUUGCUUAUAGUGGUGGCGUGCAUACGGAUCGCAAAAUACAGCAUUUGGAAUUAGUUAUGACUAACAUGGUUUCAUGCCAUACUGCUGUCUGCAUUGGUUGAGAGUGUGAGAAGAAGGUUAAAGGUCUAAGAAUGGGGGUGUUGGCUUGCAAUGGUGCAUACAUACAUGUGUGCCUGGCCUGGAUGGAUGGUGGGCUCAUCAUGGCCCCUGGAUAUGCAUGCCUGCCUGGCCUGCACAUCUGUUCAAUCCAGAGGCUAUCACCUGGGUGGGAGGGCCUUUCCAAUACACCAACCAAUGACACCCUUAGCCUGUUUGUACCAUGCUCCUGCUGAUGGCAUCUACCCUGAAACCUUGUCAGCCCGCCUCCCAGUUUCUCUGGAACUAUGAACUGGUUUUGAGGGAACUUAGAACUUCCAAUCCAAACCCUUCUGUACUA